GUGUAAUGUGUUUAUUUUUAUAUUUUAAAAUCUCAAAUAUUUGGCAUCCAAAAUCUUCCAUCCAAAAUGACCCUUAAACGAUGUUUCCCAAGGAGAGUAUGAGAAAAAGAAUCCAACCCCUUGGUAGAAACGGUAUCCUCGUCUUCAUGGAAUUUGACCAAAUUAUCCUCAAAAAAAAGUUUUUGGAAACAUCUCUACAUCACAGUAGGGGGAAGGGUAAGGUCUACGUGCAUAUAUACACCCUACACAGACCCCUCUUUUUGUGGUAUUUUACUGGGUUUGUUGUUGUAUCCUUAAUCAAAGUCAUUACCAAACACGGGGAUCACUUCCCUACCUUGUGAAUUCCUAGAUUUUUUUUAAACUUUCCAGGCUAACAAACAACCUCUCACGGCAGCCUAGGGAAACUUGCUAUGUUGCAAGCAAAGGAUUGCAAGAGUACGUUUAUAGUGGAUAUCAACCACGUGUGUAUUCUUGGGAAGAUUUUCCUCCUCUCACGGACAUCCUAGAUGCAGUCCAUAAAGCGAUUCCCGGAACCUCUUUCAACAGCUUGCUUAUGAAUAGGUACAACGGAGGGAAUGACUACGUUGGAUGGCAUGCCGAUGAUGAGAAAAUUUAUGGUCCCACUCCAGAUAUUGCAUCUGUUUCCUUUGGAUGUGAAAGGGACUUCUUUUUGAAAAAGAAACCAAAUAAAAUUUCCCGAGGUAAAUAUGGUGAAGAUGAAUCCCAGAGCAAGCGUUCCAAGAAGCCAGACGAUCCAGAAAAGCACCGUUUUGCACUAAAAAAUGGAUCAUUGCUGGUAAUGAGAGGCAAUACUCAACGGGAUUGGCUCCACUCCGUGCCAAAGCGUGCAAAAGCUAUUGGAAUGCGAAUAAACCUCACUUUCAGGCACGUUCUUUGAAUGGCCGAAAACGUGAAAGCAAGAAAUGUUUAGAGUCCUAAAGAAAUGUUUGGUACAAGCUAAGCAUUGGUUGAAAUGGACAACGACGGUCUUUCGUACGCUACAGGAGAAAACGGAGA